ACCUUACCCUUCUUCGCAUAUACUCAACGACCAAGAUUUUAUCGCAUGGAAAUCUCGUGUUUGAUAAAAGCCUUAUGAAUUUCGCAUGAUAGAAUCCGGUCAUUCACGGCGCGCAUGCUGGGGUUGUAGUCAUGUCGGGGCCAGCACUUGACGAUAUCGUCAAGAGGUUGACGACUCAAGAAACAGAACCUAGAUCCAAGCUCGAUGCUGCCACCACCCUACGAGACAGUCUCGAACACUACACAAAUGGCCCGCACUAUGUCGUCUUUCUUAAGCGGUUGAUGCCGUUGUUCGUUAUCAUCCUUCGAGGACCAUGUCUAUUCCAAAGCACCUCUCCCGAGCAGAAACUCCGAAACUGUGUUCUCGAAAUCCUCCACCGUCUACCUACUCACCAGACUCAAAUUUCCCCAGAACCCUUUGAGCCAUAUGCCGAAGAGAUUGUCGAUAUUUUGAUGACCCUAGUUAGGAACGAUAAUGAAGAGAAUGCCACACUAUGUGUCAAGAUAAUUUCAGAUAUCAUGAGGCACCAGCCGAAAGUCCUCCAUGGCAAAGUCCAACCCUUCUUGGACUUGAUUCAAGAGCUAUUUGAGCAGAUGGAGAAGGUCGUGCGAGAGCAGCUUGAUAACACUGCUAUUCCAUUUAAUGCAUCUGGUCCGCCAUCUACACCUGGUAGCACGCAAACCAACUUCCAAUCUCCACGGCCAGGAUCCCCGGUCGCCUCUGUGACGGACUUGGGCCAAGACCUUCAACAGCAAAGCCGUCCUUUAUUGAAAGGAAUGCAAUCGUUCAAGGUUUUAUCGGAAUGCCCAAUCAUUGUUGUAUCCGUCUUCCAGACACAUAGGAGCAUCAUCCAGCAGAAUGUCAAGGCAUUCGUCCCUUUGAUCAAGUCGGUAUUAUGCCUCCAGGCCAAGGCACAAGAACAAGCUCAUGCCGAAGCCAAAUCGAGAAAUACUGUAUUUGCUGGUGUGAGCCCGAACAUCAAGAACCGACCGGCCUUCGGUGAAUUUAUUACGGCGCAAGUGAAGACUAUGAGCUUUCUGGCAUAUUUGCUUAGACAGUAUUCUAGCCAACUUACGGACUUCCUACCAACAUUACCCGAGAUCGUCGUUCGUCUACUUAGAGACUGCCCGAGAGAGAAAUCUGCAGCCCGUAAGGAAUUAUUAGUUGCAAUUCGGCACAUCAUAAACUUCAACUUUCGGAAGAUCUUCCUCCCUAAGAUCGAUGAGCUUUUAGAAGAGAAGACAUUGAUUGGCGAUGGGCUCACAGUGUAUGAUACAUUGAGGCCGUUGGCCUAUAGUAUGCUUGCCGACCUCAUACAUCAUGUUCGCGACUCUCUCAACCCGGAACAAAUUCGCAAAACUGUCGAAGUAUACACCAAGAACUUGCAGGAUAAUUUCCCUGGCACGAGUUUCCAGACGAUGAGUGCGAAAUUGUUGUUGAAUAUGGCCGAAUGUAUUGCCAAGAUGCCGAACAAGAUCGAUGCACGGCAUUAUCUGCUUUUGAUUCUCAACGCUAUCGGUGAUAAAUUUGCCGCGAUGAACAGACAAUACCCUAACGCUGUGAAGCUUUCCAAGCUUUAUGCACAGCAGGCUGCCGACCAGAUUCCCGAUACGUACUUAGCGGACAAGGAGCAUCAUCCACAAUGGGAUGAAACCGACAUCUUCACAGCAAUGCCGAUAAAAACGUCAAACCCUCGUGAUCGCGGUACAGAUCCCGUUGCAGAUAACAAGUUCUUGUUCAAAAAUCUGAUGAAUGGACUUAAAAACACAUUCUACCAGCUUAGAACGUGCAAUGCACCUCUGCAGGUCGACCCUAAGAAUGCACCAUCGCAUUGGCAAGAAGUUUCGUACGGAUUUUCUGCAGAAGAAGUCAAUGUUAUAAUAAAGCUCUUCCGAGAAGGCGCAUAUGUUUUUCGAUAUUAUGAAAUCGAAAAGCCAGCUGCCGAAUCACAGUAUGCAUCGCCGGUAGAAUAUAUGGCUAACUUCUAUAUGGUCUCAAGCAGCAAGGAAGAGAAAGAUCUUCUCGAAACUUUCGCUACAGUUUUCCACUGCAUUGACCCAGCCACAUUUCAUGAGGUCUUUCAGCAGGAGAUCCCUCGCCUCUACGAAAUGAUUUUCGAACAUACUGCCCUCUUACACAUCCCUCAAUUCUUCUUAGCCAGCGAGGCUACAUCACCAAGUUUCUGUGGCAUGCUCCUGAAAUUCCUCAUGGAGCGAAUCGACGACGUAGGAUCGGCUGAUGUGAAAAAGUCAUCAAUCCUUCUACGUCUGUUCAAGCUUGCAUUCAUGGCAGUGACCCUAUUCGCAAACCAGAAUGAGCAAGUCUUGCUUCCACACGUUGUGGACAUAGUCACAAAAUCGAUCGAUUUAUCUACCAAGGCUGAGGAGCCGAUGAACUACUUCUUACUUCUUCGUUCGUUGUUUAGAAGCAUUGGCGGCGGAAAGUUCGAACAUCUGUACAAGCAAAUUUUACCGCUCCUAGAAAUGCUACUUGACGUAUUGAACAAUCUGCUCAUGGCUGCUCGUAAGCCAGCAGAGCGAGAUCUGUACGUCGAGUUAUGCCUUACGGUGCCAGCACGUCUUAGUAAUCUGCUUCCGCACCUAAGUUUCUUAAUGCGGCCAUUGGUUGUCGCUCUUAGAGCUGGUACAGAUCUCGUCGGUCAGGGGCUGCGGACCUUGGAGCUUUGCGUUGAUAAUCUCACGGCUGACUACUUGGAUCCCAUUAUGGCACCGGUGAUAGAGGACUUGAUGAACGCGCUUUUCGAGCAUCUGAAACCACAUCCCUACAGUCACUUCCAUGCCCACACAACUAUGCGCAUACUAGGGAAGUUAGGUGGUCGAAACCGCAAAUUUAUGACCGAAGCUUUACCAGUCAAUUAUCAGAAGUACGCCGAUGAUCCCUCAAGCUUCGAUCUACGCUUAAUAGGAUCAAAACGUGAUCGCGCGUUUCCGGCUGAACUUGGCAUCGACCUAGCCAUUCGAAAAUUGAUGGAGAUCCCGAAGCCUUCGAAAGCAAAUGCAUCCAGGCAAUUCGAUGGUUACUACAAAAAGCAAGCAUUGCAGCUCAUAAAGUCUCAGUUGAAAUUACGGGUUGGCGUUGACCACCUACCAGAUGAUUUACCUAGGUUGGUCCGUCUACAGGCACAGGAUCUCCUCGCUCGCAAACCAGCGGCGGACUUCUCUUUUUUCAACACGUCAGAUCGCCAACGAUCUGUUGCCAAAAAGGAUGAACAGGACGAUGUCACGAAACGUCUCAUUAAAGCUAUCAUGUAUGCGGAAUCCAUUCCCGAAUUCCGAGAAGAAGCCGACGUCUUCCUCAUGAACCUUUGCCGACACUUCACGAUCAUCGAAAUAGGGCGCGGGUUGGUAGACCUUAAGAAAGAAAUGAGUCAUUUCGACGUACAGGCGGGAGAGGGGCCAUUAUAUAUUGAUACGCGUAUCCUGGCUGAUGCAAUUGUCGAGUCUCUCGCAUCAGAUCUGCCCGACGUGCGCGAUGCUGCUUUCCGGGCAAUACGAGCAGUCUAUGACUCUACAGCAACUAUUUUCGGUUCUGAAAUGUACGUUGGCCGAUUGGGGUUCUUCAGCCAUCUAAGUAAAACUUUUUGUCACGCCUGCAACGAAGAAGAAUGGUACACAAAGACUGGCGGUAGUCUUGGUAUUAGAUAUCUUCUCGUCGAAGUUGAUCUCGGCGACACUUGGAUCGCGAUGAAGCAAAUGGACUUCAUACGAGCUCUGAUGUACGUGAUUAAGGAUAUGCCGCAAGACUUGCCGGAGAAAACCAGAAGUUCCGCCCAAACCACCCUCGAAUCUCUCUUAAAACGGAUCACUGUUAAUGUCAAGAAAGAAGACGUAUUGCCCGCCCCUGCAGUACCUGGCCAACCUCACCCCAAACCUUCACGCCUGACGCAGAUCUGCGUCCUCUUCAACGACGAGCUUUCUCAUAUGAAUAAGCAUGUUCGGGGAACAGCGAGGCGAUCGCUCGAAAUUAUUGCUAACGCAAUCAACUCGGACAUCUGGGAGCUUCUACAACCUCAUAAGGAUCGGUUGCUACAGCCCAUUUAUGCCAAACCUCUACGAGCUUUACCUUUUUCAACCCAGAUAGGAUACAUCGAUGCGAUUGCUUACUACAUGGGUCUAAAACCUGACUUUGUCGGCUUUGACGAUCACCUAAACAGGCUACUUAUGGAGUCGCUAGCUUUAGCUGAUGCCACAGACGAAUCUUUGGCUGGUAAGCACGCCGAGUUUCGAACGCACGAAUCGAUUGUGAAUCUCCGAGUUUCGUGCAUUAAAAUCCUGAGCAAGGCAAUGGGAUUCGACGACUUCCAGAAGGGUCAGAACAACCCAACCCGAACUAAGAUCGUGUCGGUAUUCUUCAAAUGCCUAUAUUCGGAAUCUAAGCCUACUAUUGAGGCGGCGAAUGAUUCUCUUAGAGCUGUGCUUUCCCAAACGAACAAAUUGCCCAAAGAUCUACUUCAGCAAGGGCUUAGACCUGUUCUAGCCAAUCUUCAGGAUCCCAAGCGACUAAGCACUCACGGGCUGGAUAAUCUGGCUAGACUUCUCCGUCUUCUUACCACCUACUUUAAAGUAGAAAUUGGUGCCAGACUGUUAGAUCAUAUCAAAGUACUUGCUGAUCCGAACCUUCUUCAGCAAAUUUCGUUCACAUUCUUCGAGCAAAAUAGCCAGAUGAAGGUUGUUGCAGCAGUAUUUAACAUAUUUCAUCUCCUCCCGCCAGCGGCAGAACAGUUCAAGGAGCGGCUUAUCGACACUUGUUUGGAGCUUGAGGAUAAGCUGCGCCGUACUCACCAUAGCCCUUUCCGACCACCAUUGUACAAGUAUCUGAAUAGAUACCCGUCCGAAGUCUGGAAUUUUUUGCUGAGUAAGCUCGAAGACCUGAAAUAUGGUCGAUUUUUGGCUCAGGUUCUGCUUCACCCGGAGAGUAAGCCUCUUAGAGAGCACGCUGCUGCUAAUAUUGACGGAUUGAUCUCUCUCUGCACACAAAUCGUUGGUGCUUCGAAAGAAACAAGAUUUAUAGCAAUGGUCAACACAAUAAAUAUUCUCGAUUCACUAAGUCAGAAUGUCAGUACUCGGAGUUGGUUGGAACGGAAAGACACUAUCUCCUGGCUACGACGAAUCGGUAAAGAUCUAGAGCGCCACUUGCGAACGAAUAGCCUACCGCCCAAUCUGAGGCUUCCUGCUGACCAAGCCUCUGAGCAACUCAUGGGCAUCUUCACAAAGGCGUUAUCUUUGAAUUCUCGAGAUCUAGAUGCCCUCUUUAGCCUAGUGGAAUCGGUUACGUCUGAAGAGUUGCGUGCAACGCCAUCAUUAUUCAGCUUCCUCUACAAUCACGUUAUCUGUAGCGACUCCAUUGAUUACUGGAAAGCCGUCGUACUUCGCUGCCUUGAUAUCUACGCUGGAAAGAGUUCCACCCAGAAGACCAAGUGCUUCCUGCUUCGUAACGUCGUUAACCCGAUCAUUGCAAUGGAUGUUAUGCGACACUGGAACCAACCCAUAACUCAGAGGCUAGUUGAUCGGACAGUCAUCGAAUCUAUCAAUGUCAAGAUAUGGAAGGUCAAUCUUAGUGAACCGCAGGAUGACUUGGCACAACCAGGGAUCGAUCAUACGAGAAUGGAAGUUCUCCAGCUCUCUGCAAUGCUGGUAAAAUAUCAUUAUUCUAUUCUACAGGAUGCCAGGAAAGACAUCAUUAAAUUUGGUUGGACCUAUAUCCGGCUGGAUGAUGUGAUCAAUAAACAUGCCGCAUAUGUCGUGAUCGGAUAUUUCAUUGCUCAUUACGAGACGCCUUCGAAAAUCGUCAGCCAAGUAUAUUAUUCAUUGCUUAGGACAAAUCAGAACGAAGGGCGUGCUCUGGUCACUCAGGCCCUCGAACUGAUCGCACCCGUUCUACCGCAACGUUGUAUGCCAUUACCAAGCGAUCGCGGUGCUGUCUGGGCCAUGGCCCCGCGCCGCAUAUUGGCUGAAGAAGGCCAGAAUGUCCAGCAGAUGACAAGCAUCUUUCACUUUUUGGUCAGACAUUCUGAUCUCUUCUAUGACUCUAGGGAUAAAUUUGCUGUAUUGAUCAUCACAUCGCUUCGAAAGGUCUCCCCUUUCUUGUCAUCCUCGACGGAAAGUAAGAAGCUUGCUUUGAACAUGAUGUGGCUGAUCUGGCAAUGGGAAGAGAGAAGAGUAGACGGCAAGCUGGUUGGCCCUAAGAGAGAGUUCUCUGAAUCGCCGAGUUCCCGAAAACGAAGACUGGACGGUGAAUUAAUCACUUCCUCCCCUCCAGCAGCUCGGCAAUCCGCCCAACUCGAUAGAGCUGAAUUCCAGAUUCCUGCUGGGUUUAGGCAAAAGAUGAUUAAGUAUCUCAUUGAGUUUAUCGCACAGCUAAAUGAGAGAUACCAACUACCUUCUGCAAAGCCGAGAGAUGCGGCAUUGACGUCUGGGCCUGCUCUUCCACCCCAGUCCACGGAGAUGUGCAAAAAAGCGAUGUCUCUCCUUUAUAACCUCUUGCAACCACGGUACUGGGCCGACCUAGACGUUGACUUAUUUCCAAAUAUUACUGAAGUGGUCCUGGCAAGCGAGAGGACCGCGAGACUUCUCAACGCCGACCCCGCCGAUGAGAAUUACGACGAGAAGUUCAUAACCAACAUCAUCAAUACCUUGCAGGUGGUGAGAAUCAUCCUCAACUUUAAGUCCGAUGAAUGGAUCUCAAAGAAUAUGCCUUCAGUUCAAAAAGUCACAGAAAAAUGCCUAAAAUCGGAAAAUUCAGAACUGCAGGAUUGUCUCCAUUUAGCGGAUAAGAAGUAUGAUGAUGGGCGUGAUGUCAAGUCAAUAGUUCAGCGGAUUCUUGAUGCUGUGCCAGAAGAUGUGCCGAUGGAAGAUGCAGAUGCUGAAGGAGAGCCUGAAGCUCCAACAUCCGAGAUCAUCACCUUCUUAUCUACGAUAGCGACAGACUCCCUAGCAGCUGCCAAAUAUGUGUCUGGUGUUAAUAUUCUGUGGUCUUUAGGCCAAAGGAAACCCUCGGUUAUCGACCAGCACAUCCCGUCUUUGAUGAAGGCCCUGCAGACUAAACUUGCUAGAGAACAUGUUCAACACUACACGAGUGUGGCCGCCCAUCAACAAAUGAACAUGAACAACAUGCGACCUCAAGACCCGAACGCACAGACAGGGGAAAUGUCACAAUACGAGCUUAACAUUCAGACUGAUCUCAUGAUCAAAGCCAUCCAGGUGACCGCGAUGCGCAUGGAAAUUCUUGGAGACCACCGACGACCAUUCUUAAGCGUAUUAGCAACAUUAGUAGAGAAAUCGCAACAUAUUCCUCUCUGCGAGAAGAUUCUUGAUAUGGUUGAGGGCUGGGUCUUCCGGUCUGAGGGGACAUGGCCUACUCUAAAGGAGAAAACGGCUGUACUUCACAAGAUGCUCUCCUUUGAGCAUCGAAGCGACCCAACCAUGCUAGGAAAAUUUCUCGAGCUAGUGAUACGUAUUUAUGAAGACCCAAAGAUAACUCGAACGGAACUCACAGUACGCAUGGAACAUGCCUUCUUGAUUGGAACACGAGCACAGGAUGUGGAAAUGCGCAAUCGGUUUUUAACUAUCUUCGACAAGAGCUUGUCAAAAACAGCAACUGCCCGGCUGUCAUAUGUCAUCAGUUCGCAGAAUUGGGACACGCUUGCUGACUCGUUUUGGUUGGCCCAGGCCACGCAGCUCCUGCUGGGUGCCGUGGAGAUGAAUUCCAGCAUUCAGCUACACCAAGAAGACUUCCGGACACUUCCAGCAUCAAUUGUUUUCGGGGUCUAUUCCAAGGAUAUCAGAGAGCCAUCCGCAAUGGCAGAUGAUAAAUACGACACAUUCAUGGCGAAUCACCGACGUUUCGUUGCCGAGUUAGGGGAUGUCAAGGUUCGGGACAUCAUUGAACCCCUCACCCAGCUUCAGCACAUUGACCCCAACCUGUCACAUAAUCUCUGGGUAACUCUCUUCCCCAUGUUCUGGUCUGCUUGCGCCAAGGACGAAAAGACAGAUCUGGAGAAGGCUUUGGUAGUACUACUUUCUAAGGAUUUCCACUCUCGUCAGAUUGACAAGAGACCCAAUGUUGUACAAACUUUGUUAGCGGGCGCAGCGAAGGCGUGGCCAGGCUGCAAAAUUCCUCCACAUAUACUCAAAUUCGGCGCGAAGACGUAUGACGCUUGGUAUACAGCUCUAGUCCAGCUCGAAAACGCAACCAUCAAACCGGAUGUCGACUCACCUAAAGUACGGGAGAGCAAUCUCGAUGCAUUAGUCGAGCUAUAUUCAAGCCUCAAAGAAGAUGAUCUGUUUUACGGUACAUGGCGCCGCCGAUGCCAAUUCGUCGAGACAAAUGCAGCCCUGUCAUACGAACAGAACGGCAUGUGGGACAAGGCCCAGAGGAUGUACGAAGCCGCCCAGAUCAAGGCCCGAACAGGCGUUAUCCCUUUCUCACAGGGUGAGUACAUGUUGUGGGAGGAUCAUUGGGUCCUGUGCGCGCAAAAACUACAGCAGUGGGAGAUACUUCAAGACUUUGCGAAGCACGAAAAUCUGCAAGACCUUCUCCUCGAAUGUGCCUGGCGCAGCAUUGAUAUGUGGCAAACUCCAGAACAGCGAGAUAGUCUCGACAUGCUUGUUAAGGGGGUCAUGGAUGCCCCGACCGCUCGGCGAGCUUUCUUUCAGAGUUUUAUGUCUCUAUUGAAACUUCACAAUAAGCAGGAAUCUACCCAGGACUUUGCUCGCGUCUGUGACGAGGCUAUACAGCUUUCUAUCAGGAAGUGGCAUCAACUUCCAAAACGACUGACUGCUGCGCAUAUCCCUCUUCUUCACAACUUCCAACAACUUGUGGAACUCCAUGACGCCAGCGUCAUCUGUCAAAGUUUAGCUAAUACCAACCAAACAAAUUUGGAUGUGAAGUCUGGUGAGCUGAAGCUCCUCCUUGGAUCAUGGAGAGACCGGUUGCCAAAUAUUUGGGACGAUAUAACCGACUGGCAAGAUCUCGUCACCUGGAGACAGCAUAUCUUCGGUUUAAUUAAUAGUACAUAUUUGCAGCUUCUGCCCCCGCAAGGGCAAGGCGCAAACGGUGCUUCAUUUGCAUACCGCGGUUAUCACGAAACAGCCUGGAUUAUUAAUCGCUUUGCCCACGUCGCCCGCAAGCACAGCCUACCUGAUGUGUGCAUAAACCAACUUAGUCGAAUCUACACCCUCCCUAAUAUAGAGAUUCAGGAGGCAUUUUUGAAACUGAGGGAACAAGCUCGAUGCCACUACGAAAAUCCUAACGAGCUUUCUAGUGGGCUGGACGUCAUAAACAAUACGAACUUGAAUUACUUCAAUGCUCAACAAAAAGCAGAAUUCUUUACUCUGAAGGGGAUGUUCCUAGAAAAGCUCAGUCAAAAGGAAGAAGCAGACGCAGCCUAUGGCACCGCACUGUACUAUGACAUUGGUAAGGCCAAGGCAUGGGCAGAAUGGGGCUAUUUCAACGAUCGCAAGUUUAAGGAAGAUCCUACAGAUUUGAACUCUGCUAGGCAAGCGUUGACUUCGUACUUGCAAGCUAUUGGUAGUUACAAGAGUGGCAAGGCUCGAAAGCUCAUCGCACGUAUUUUAUGGCUCCUAAGUUUGGACGAUUCCAAUGGGACUAUUGCUGCUGGUUUCGAUGAUUACAAAGGCGAAACUCCUGUCUGGUACUGGAUAACAUUCAUACCACAACUUCUGACCGGAAUGGCCCACAAGGAGGCUCCUAAAGUUCACGCAAUCCUUCUAAAGAUCGCAAAGGCAUACCCUCAAUCCUUAUACUUCCAGUUAAGGACAAACCGUGAAGAUAUGCUUGCCAUCAAGAAGAACCAGGAAGCCAAGGAGAAAGCACGGCAGCGAGCACAGUCAGCCGCAUCUAGUAAUAAGCUAAGCAGUUCGCCAUCGCUCAGCAAGGACAAUCUCCAGGUGAAACAAGACUCAUCUUCCCGGCCGGCGACCUCCAACGGUGACGGAAAUACGCAAGCUAAGACAGAGCCAUCCGAUACUAAUGGGGCUUCAACUGCUCCACAACCCGGCGCUGCACCCAAUGGGGAUCAACAGACGGCUGGAAAGGAUGGCGCGGCCUCCGGCGCUACACAAAAGCGGCCGCCUUGGGAGCUUACAGAGGAGAUCAUGUCUGUACUGAAGACAGCCUUCCCUCUACUUGCACUCUCCAUGGAGACAAUGGUUGAUCAAAUCCAAAAAUACUUCAAGUGUCCACCCGACGAAGAUGCAUAUCGUUUGAUUAUCGCGCUCCUGAACGAUGGGCUAGCGUACGUAAGCCGAAUGCCCGCUUCAUACGCGAAAGAUGUGAAACUACCGUCGGCCACCGAGACCAACAUCACCCGCUUUGCCGAAACCAUUCUCCCUGCGCACAUUAAAAAAUCCUUCGAAGCAGAAUUCGUCCAGGUGAAGCCGACGAUGUAUGAGUACAUUCAUAAACUCCGAAAGUGGCGUGACAAAUUUGAAGAGAAGCUCGAUCGUAGAAAUCCGAAGGCCUACCUGGAAUUAUACUCGAGACAUCUGAGCGAAUUUCGUUACCAGAAGUUUGACGAUGUCGAGGUUCCGGGCCAGUACCUACAGCACAAGGAUAAGAACCAGGAUUUUAUUCGAAUCGAUAGAUUUCUUCCUAAUGUUGAGCUAGUUCGAGGUGUCGGCGGCUCUCACCGACGCUUGAAGAUCCGAGGCCACGACGGUAGUAUUCACUCAUUCGCUGUUCAACAUCCUGCCGCACGACAUUGUCGACGAGAGGAGAGGAUCUUACAACUAUUCCGGCAUUUGAACCAGACACUUGCUAAGAAGAAAGAAAGUCGACGCCGCGAUUUGCAGUUUACAGUGCCACUGAUAGUUCCUCUUGCCCCACACAUACGAAUUGUGCAAGAUGACACGUCGUAUAUCACACUGCAGGGAAUUUACGAGGAUCAUUGCCGACGUAACGGGAUGCUCAAGGACGAGCCAGUCAUGUUUACGAUGGAUAAACUGAGGGGCCUAAUCGAACCUAAGGGUGGUGUAAGUUUCAAUCAAAUCAACCUUAGCAAACGUCCAUCAACAAUAACUAAUGAAUCAAUGCAGAAACCCCCCGAGCAAACGGCGAUGGCUCGCCUUGAGGUGUUCACGGCUAUACAGGAGAAAUGGGUUCCUCGUACUAUCGUCCUUGAAUACUUCCAAAGUAUCUUCCCCGAAUUUUCCGAAUUCUGGUUAUUCCGACGCCGGUUCUCCUACCAACUUGCUGCCCUCACAUUCAUGACCUAUAUCCUCUACAGCACGAAUAGAUAUCCCCACAAGAUCCAUAUCGCUCGGGGCUCGGGUAAAAUCUGGGGUUCUGAGGUUAUGUCGUUCAUGGCACCCGGAAAGCCCUUUUUCCACAAUCCCGAACCGGUACCCUUCCGUCUCACACCCAACCUACAGGCUCUCAUGGGCCCUCUAGCGACGGAGGGUAUCUUCAGCUGCUCGAUUAUGGCAAUUGCGCGUUGCCUGACCGAGCCCGAGUUCGAGCUAGAGCAUGCUCUAACAUUAUUCGUUAGGGAUGAGGUUAUCUUUUGGUUUACAAGCAGCCACCGGACCAUUCACCUGAACGAGAACCAACUGCGCGAGACGGUGCAGACCAACUGCGAUAUGAUUGUUAAGCGUGCCGUGAGCCUGGCUCAGAGCCCCCUUGGCAACUUACCAGCCAAUCAGACGGUCAUUGACCUCAUCGCCAGGGCUGUAAACCCCAUGAAUCUCGCGCAAUGCGAUGCUCUGUGGAUGCCAUAUCUCUAGUUGUAUGCUUCGAUUUGCCAAGGGAGCUGUCGAGCGCGAUAUUAGGCAUUUUUUCUUUUUGUUCAUGCAUCACUAUUAAUUUAAGGUUGGGGCUCAUAAGGCGAGGCAACUUCGCAGCAAGGCGUUAAGGUGAAGGAGUCAUUUCAAAAGGAUAUGAAAAUCAUCAGGUUAGACGGUCGGCAUAGGCCAACAUAGGCCUCAGGAG